GGGGCUUGGGGGGGCUCUCUUUUCUCUCCCAUCUCCCCGUCUUCUUCUUCCAUCACCUUCCCAACGGGAGGAGGGCUUGGAGUUGGAAGGCUGCUGCGCCCAGACGGCACGGCGACGGGGAGCCGGAGGACCCGAGAGGAGAAGGAGGAGAGAGGAUCCCCAGCGCCUCGUCGGGCUCUCUUCCCCUCACCCCGUCCGAUAUGAAGCUUCCCAGACCCCCCUCUUCAACGCGGCCUCGCCUGCUAAGAUGCGCCCUGGGCAUCCUCUUCACCAUUGAGGUCGGACUCUGCGCUCUUCCUCCAGAUUCUGGGACAUUUCUCAUCUAUAGCAGUGGCCUGCAGAGCUGCUUGGAGACAAAGGACUCUUUGGUGAAAAUUUCAAAGAUCUGUAACACAAGUCUUCCUGCUCAGAAGUGGAAAUGGGUUUCCCGAAAUCGGCUUUUCAACAUUGGAACCAUGCAGUGCUUGGGAGUCUCCUGGAAGUCUGCAAACAGCAGUGCUACCACCCAUGCGUUGGCCACUUAUGAAUGUGACCGUGAAUCUGUCAACAUGCGGUGGAACUGUCGGAGUCUAGGGGACCAGCUUUCCCAGUAUUUGAGCUCCAGGUUGGGGAACUGGUCACUGACACCAGCUGAGAGAGGUGACCAGGCUCGUGGGGGCCAAUGGAAGAUCUAUGGCCAUGAUGAAGAUUUGUGCUCUAGGCCAUACUCUGAAAUUUACACAAUUCAAGGCAACUCUCAUGGAAAGCCCUGCACCAUCCCCUUCAAGUACGAUAAUCAGUGGUUUCAUGAUUGUACAAGUAUGGGACGUGGAGAUGGUCACCUCUGGUGUGCCACCACACAGGACUAUGGCAAAGACGAGAGAUGGGGAUUCUGCCCCAUUAAGAGCAAUGACUGUGAUACGUUCUGGGAUAGGGACCAGCUCACCAAUAGCUGCUAUCAGUUCAACUUUCAGUCCACCCUGUCAUGGCAGGAGGCUGGGAAGAGCUGUGAGCAGCAGGGGGCCAACUUGCUUAGUAUCACUGCGAUUCAUGAGCAGACCUACAUCAAUGGACUGCUGACAGGAUACGGUUCCACGCUCUGGAUUGGGCUUAAUGAUUUGGACCUCAAUGGGGGUUGGCAAUGGUCUGACAAUUCUCCCUUGAAGUUCCUCAACUGGGAAAAUGAUCAACCUGAUAACCCCAAUGAAGAAAAUUGUGGGGUGAUACGGACAGAGUCCUCAGGAGGAUGGCAGAACCGGGACUGCAGCGUUGCUUUGCCAUAUAUCUGUAAGAAGAAACCGAAUGCCACUUCUAAUACAUAUGUCACAGUAGAAUCUGAAGUGAAGAUUGAUUGUGAUCCCAGCUGGCAGCCAUUUCAGUCUAACUGCUAUCGUUUGAUCAGUGAAAAGAAAAGUUGGAUAGAUGCCAAAAAGACCUGCUUGCGCAGUGAAGGGGAUCUAGUGAGCAUCCAUACCCUCUCUGAACUGGAGUUUGUUACCAAGCAAAUCAAGCAAGAUGUUGAAGAGCUUUGGAUUGGCCUGAAUGAUCUCCGGCUACAGAUGAAUUUUGAAUGGUCAGAUGGCACACCGGUGCUAUUUACAUUCUGGCACCCUUUUGAGCCCAACAACUUCCGAGAUAGCCUUGAGGAUUGUGUGACUAUCUGGGGGCCGGAAGGAAGAUGGAAUGACAGUCCUUGCAAUCAGACGCUGCCUUCUGUCUGUAAGAAGCGGGGUCGAGUAAGUCAGGGGAAAGAGGAAGACCACGGCUGUAGAAAGGGUUGGAAAUGGCACAGUCCAUCUUGCUAUUGGCUAGGGGAUGACCAUGUGAUAUACAGUGAUGCUCGGAAAAUGUGCAUGGAUUAUGGCUCUGCCCUGGUUACCAUCACCAACAGGUUUGAACAGGCCUACGUGAGCAGCCUAAUUUAUGGCUGGGAGGAUGAAUAUUUCUGGACUGCAUUGCAAGACAUCAAUGAGACUGGUUCCUUCCAUUGGUUGAGUGGAGAUGAAGUCACUUACACCCACUGGAACCGCAACCAACCUGGUUAUAACAAGGGUGGCUGCGUUGCUUUGGCCACGGGAAGUGCCAUGGGCUUGUGGGAGGUGAAGAACUGCACUACGUUCAAGGCCAAGUAUAUCUGUAGGCAGAAUUUGGGAACCCCAGUGAAUCCUGAGCUCCCUUCACCACACCCCACACCCAGCCUCACUGGCUCUUGUCCUUCAGGAUGGACCACCAGCCCCAAGCUGAGGCAUUGCUAUAAGGUAUUCAACUAUGAUAAGCUGCAGCAAAAGAAAAAUUGGAUCACAGCACAUUCGUUCUGUCAGGAGUUAAAAGCGCAGCUCUUGAGCUUGAGUGAUUAUGAGGAGGAACAUUUUGUGGCCAACACCCUCAACAAGAUUUUUGGGGAACCGGAACCUGACAUUCACGAGCAUCACCGGUUCUGGAUUGGCUUGAAUCGCCGUGGCCCUACAGCUGGGAAGAGUUGGAGCUGGAGUGAUGGUCUUGGGUUUUCUUACCACAACUUUGACCGCAGUAAUCAUGAUGAUGAUGACAUCAGUAACUGUGUGGCACUGGACUUGGCAUCCUUGCAGUGGGUGCCUCUGCAGUGUGAAGUUAGACUGGACUGGAUCUGCAAAUUGCCCAAAGGGACUGAGGUGAAAGAACCAGAGACAACCAUCCAAGGGAGUAACGAGUGGUUAAAGUUUCAGGAUGCUGAAUACAAAUUCUUUGAUCACCAUUCAUCUUGGGUGCAGGCUCAGCGGAUUUGCACAUGGUUCCAAGCUGAGUUGGUCUCAAUUCAUAGCCAAACUGAACUGGAUUUUCUGGGCCAAAACUUGAAAAAG